GCUGCACCAUCCGAUAAGGCAAAUAACCAACAGGGCCGCGAUAUACCUUAGUGCAAUCUCGAAAUCAGAAAAUCACAAGACAGUGCACAAACAGAACGAGCAGUGCUUGAAACAAUAUGAAAUUGGAAUACGAUACAAAUCCGUUCAAGCGACCGAUGAAUGCGCUACAAAAACAAUGGUACCGCGUACUUAUCGCCCGGCGUGUUGGCUACGGGCCGCCGCGAUCCUCGAGCAAUGCCAACCAAACGCAAACCUAUCAGCAAGUUUGCCAACGGCGCUACAUGGACGCAUUCCGCCGUUACAAUGCACAGUUCCGCAAGGAAGUGCAACGGCAUGAACUCAUGCAGCCGACUGCCAUCGAUGCGAUGCGUGUUCACAGAACCUUCGCCAUUACAACACUUUGGCCGCCCUUGCACUCGAAACGAGAAAUAAAUCUGACACUGGAACAAUUGGAGAAUGUUUUGAGUGUCAAAGAAAGGUGGCGUUUGGAGGAGAUACUCAAGCGUGAAACGAAGCACAGAUAAAGUGGCUUCACAAGGCAACGUGAUAUAGGAGGCAUGGGUGUAGAGAAAAAGCGGAGAUGGAAUAAAAACGGGAGGAAUAAGUUGCAAAUGAGGAAGAAUCGAAUGUACUGACUGGAGGGAGUGGAUGACAUAUCAAUGACUUGAAGAGCUGAAAUGUUAAAAUGAAAAUUGAUUUGACUUAAG